AAGCACUUCAAAUGUGGCUCAUGGAAUUACAUUGCGACAUAACGUGACUUUAUAGAUUUAGAGCAUCGGCCGUGCAUUUGAGUGGAGUUUUGUCAGGUGACACAGUGUAGUUCUGUGGAAAAAAUUCUGAAGUAAAAAUAAAUUUAAUUAUUGAUUUGUAAUCGCGCAUAUUUUUUAGAAGAAAGGUAUAUACUUCUUUAUGUUCUUAAAUAUUUAGAAAUCUCAUCUAAUAUAAAUUAAUCUGAUUAAUAUAGUUGAGAUUGAACAGAGAGCAAUGUUAAUAUAGUCGCAACAAUUUACAUUCUAGGGCAAAAUGUAUUUAACAUUAAUAAUGAUGGCCCUUUGCACAUCAUAUUCCUAUGCAGAAAAUAAUAGUACUGCUACAGAUAUUAAAUCAUCCUUAAACAUAAAAGAACAGCCAAUUGGUUGCGUCUGCGCCGUAUUUUUAAGUGGACAAUUUAAGAAAGGUAGUAAGGAACAACCUAAAGGAUAUCCUGCACUUCUCCACGAAUAUCCUGAACCACUUCCAUGUAACACAAUUGGGAACAAACUUUGUGUCAACAAAUGUCUCGACGCUAUAGUGAAACAUUUACCAAACAGUUCUGGAAUACUUUGUGCUUCUAUAGACCGUGAUUGUCAUAAAGAAAGGGCUUAUCUUUUCUUCAAGAAUUGCAAAGACGAAUGGACAAAUACGAAUCUGUCAGCUGGUAGAGAGUAUUGCUGCAAAAAUGGCCUGCCAUACAAAUGUUGACUGAAGUGUAUCCGUAGAAUAUUUUUAUACCACGAUUGUAGUUUGUAAUUCUGUUUCAUUUUCUAGUAAAUAUAUAGACAACG